GGCUGCUGGAGAAAGUAAAAGUCGGCAAGAAGGGGCGAGGCAUAUACUGUGCCUUAAACUAUGAGUCCAGCGGAGGGUCUCAGUGCCAGGUCACGGCCUGUGACGUAAGUGGAAAUGUCUCAGACCCGACGUUCGAGACCAAAAUGAAAUUAGAAUUGGCACAAUCAUACCACGGUGACGUCACUGUGAGUAUUUGGGUCAGCGUAGACCCGAAUUCACACCCCAGCGAGACAUCGGUCGUACCCCGAGUGCCAUAUUCUGCAAAGGACCGGUUUUUAGGACAGGUCAAGCGCCCGGUAGAUAAGCUGUCGUUUGAGUUCGAUGCAGAUGACGUUAUUCCUCAUCAUCUCACGGGUCGAAGUGAUCGCUCCAAUGUGGCCGGGACUUUGGGUCUAGCGUUGAGUGCACAGGUAUACUUGCAUAUGGUGCGCGUAUAA